UGUCAUGGGACAGCUCAAAUUCAAUACGUCGGAGGAACACCAUGCUGACAUGUACAGAAGUGACUUACCCAAUCCUGACACACUCUCAGCCGAGCUUCAUUGUUGGAGAAUCAAGUGGAAACACAGAGGGAAAGAUAUAGAGCUUCCAUCCACCAUUUAUGAAGCCCUCCAUCUGCCUGACAUCAAGUUUUUUCCUAAUGUUUAUGCUUUGUUGAAGGUCUUAUGCAUUCUUCCUGUGAUGAAGGUUGAGAAUGAACGCUAUGAAAAUGGACGAAAGCAUCUCAAAGCAUACCUGAGGAACACUUUGACAGACCAAAGGUCAAGUAACUUGGCUUUGCUUAACAUAAAUUUUGAUAUAAAACAUGAUCUGGAUUUGAUGGUGGACACAUAUAUCAAACUCUAUACAACUAAGUCAGAGCUUCCCACAGGUAAUUCAGAAACCAUUGAAAAUACUUGAGACUUUUAAAAUAGGUUUUCUCUUAUAUUUGGAGGAAGAGCUGUGAGGUGUAUGUAGGCUGCUUAAUCACUGACUAUCUUUGCCUAUAGGUCUCCCAUUGAAUACAUUUGUCAUUAAUAAUCUACCUA